AGCAUCCUCUGUUUCGGUUCUGCUCUGCUUCACUAGAUAGAAACCAGGUGCGCUCUUUAGGUAGCACAUACCGGAAACUGCUCUGUGAGAUCGUCUGUCGGCCAUGGUGGGGAUCACGGUGCCCAUGUCCAUGGACAAGAUCCCACUGGUCAAAUGCGCUAAUGCGGCGGCGGCGGCGGCGGUGCCGACUGUCGACCUGUCGGCGCCGGGCGCGGCGGCCGCCGUGGAGCAGGCAUGCCGCAGCGUGGGCAUCUUCAGGGCGAUCAACCACGGCGUGCCGACCGCCCUCACGGACGCGCUGGAGGCCGGCGCCGCGGCCUUCUUCGCGCUGCCGCACAAGAAGAAGCUGGAGGCGUCGGCGAACCCCUUGGGCUACGGCAGCAAGAGCAUCGGCCGCAACGGCGACGUGGGUUGGCUUGAGUACAUCCUUCUCUCCGUCGGGUCCGGCUCUGUCGCCGCCGCGUCCCUGCCGCCGUCGCUCCGGGCGGCGCUGGAGGAGUACACGGACGCGGUGCGCGAGGUGGGAGCGCGUGUGCUGGAGCUCAUGGCGGAGGGGCUGGGGCUCGCGGAGGAGAACCGCGGCGUGCUGCGGCGGGUGGUGGCGUCGGACGAAGCUGACGAGAUUGUGCGCGUGAACCACUACCCGCCGUGGCCGUGCCCCCUGGCGGCAGGGCAGCGCGGCCGCGGCGUGACGGGGUUCGGGGAGCACACGGACCCGCAGGUCAUCUCCCUUCUCCGGUCCAACCGCACCGGGGGCCUCCAGAUCAUGCUCCCGGACGGCCGCUGGGUCCCCGUGGCCCCCGACCCGGAUUCCCUCUUCGUCAACGUCGGGGACUCCCUGCGGGUGCUGACCAACGGGCGGUUCCACAGCGUGAAGCACCGGGUGGUGGCGCCGGCGGAGGGGGAGCAGUCGCGGCUGUCGGUGAUCUACUUCGGCGGGCCCGCGCCGACGCAGCGGAUCGCGCCGCUGCCGGAGCUGAUGCGGGAAGGGGAGCUGAGCAUGUACAGGGACUUCACCUGGGCCGAGUACAAGAAAGCCGCCUACAAGUCCCGCCUCGGCGACAACCGCCUCGGCCCCUUCGAGCUCUUCCCCUCCGCCGCCCAAGACUGCAGCAGCAACGCCGUCCAGCCGCCGGCGCCGGCGCCACCUCACGUGGCACCAGUGCACUAG